CUCCAGCAGUGCCGCCGGGGCGGGGGGGGGCACCGGCCGGGACCGCCAUGAUCCGCUUCAUCCUGAUCCAGAACCGGGCCGGGAAGACCCGCCUGGCCAAGUGGUACAUGCAGUUCGACGAUGACGAGAAGCAAAAGCUGAUCGAGGAGGUUCACGCCGUCGUCACCGUCCGCGACGCCAAACACACCAAUUUUGUGGAGUUCCGCAAUUUCAAGAUCAUUUACCGCCGCUACGCCGGGCUUUACUUCUGCAUUUGCGUGGAUGUCACCGACAACAACCUGGCUUACCUCGAAGCCAUCCACAAUUUCGUGGAGGUCCUCAAUGAAUAUUUUCACAACGUCUGCGAGCUCGACUUGGUCUUCAAUUUCUACAAGGUCUACACGGUGGUGGAUGAGAUGUUCCUGGCCGGGGAGAUCCGAGAGACGAGUCAGACCAAGGUGCUCAAACAGCUCCUGAUGCUGCAGUCGCUGGAGUGAUUCGGGACCAAACCCCACCCCCCUCCCUGCCUUCCUCCCUCAUCUUCCUCCUCCUCAGCCCCCCCACUCGGUGUCGUGCGUGUGGUGUGUGUCCCCCUUUCACGUCCCCAUUGUCGUGGUGUGAAUAAAAGCGGCUGCGAUGUGCCAAA